UGGUUAUGGCGGCGGCGAGUCGAGCGGGCGGAGGGGCAGAGCUCGUGCAGCUGAACGUGGGCGGCCGGAGGUUCAGCACCUCCCGCCAGACCCUCACCUGGAUCCCGGAUUCCUUCUUUUCCAGCCUCCUCAGCGGACGGAUCUCCACCUUGAAGGAUGAAACGGGCGCGAUCUUCAUCGACCGAGACCCCGAUAUCUUUGCCCCCAUCCUCAACUUCCUUCGGACCAAAGAGCUUGACAUCAGGAGGACCAACGUUUCACUGCUCCUGCACGAAGCCCAGUUCUACGGGAUCACACCACUAGUGCGCCGCCUGCAGUUACGUGAGGAGCUGGAGCGCUCGUCCUGCGGAAGUGUCCUUUUCAAUGGCUACCUGCCACCACCAGUCUUCCCUGCCAAGCGGAGGAACCGCCACAGCGUCACGGGAGCACAGCUGGCGGCCCGCACGGGGAACCUCUCGGAGCGGGGCCUGGUGCGCCGGAGCAACACCAUGCCCCCCAACCUUGGGAACGCAGGGCUCCUGGGGCGGCUGCUGGAGGAGAGGGCCUCAGCCACAGGAGGGACGGGUGACCCUGGCGUGGUGCGUCUGGUAUGCGGGCACCACAACUGGAUCGCGGUGGCCUAUGCUCAAUUCUUCGUCUGCUACCGGAUGAAAGAGACUUCUGGCUGGCAGCUGGCUUUCUGCAGCCCUCGGCUGGACUGGGUCAUUGAGCGGGUGGCGCUGAAUGCCCGGGUGCUUGGGGGCUCCCUGGGCGACAACGACAAGAUGGUGGCGGCUGCCUCCUGCAGCGAGAUCCUCCUCUGGGCUCUGCAGCCCGACGGGAACGGCACAGAGAUUGGUGUCUUCCACCUAGGAGUCCCCGUGGAGGGUCUGUUCUUUGUGGGCAGCCAGCUCAUCGCCACCAGCCACACAGGAAAGAUUGGCGUCUGGAAUGCAGUCACCAAACACUGGCAGACUCAGGACAUGGUCCCCAUCAACAGCUACGACGCGGCCGGCUCCUUCUUGCUUCUGGGGUGCAACAAUGGGUCCAUCUACUAUGUAGAUGUGCAGAAGUUCCCACUGCGCAUGAAGGACAACGACCUCCUGGUGACGGAGCUCUAUCGCGAUCCCUCGGAGGAUGCCAUCACCGCCCUCAGUGUCUACCUGACGCCCAAGAGCAGCAACAGCGGCAACUGGAUUGAGAUUGCCUAUGGCACCAGCUCCGGCACGGUCCGCGUCAUCGUCCAGCACCCAGAGACAGUCAGCUCAGGGCCCCAGCUCUUCCAGACCUUUGCUGUCCACCGCAGUCCCGUCACGAAGGUGAUGCUCUCCGAGAGACACCUCAUCUCAGUAUGCGCUGACAACAACCACGUCCGCACGUGGACCGUGACCCGGUUCCGCGGGAUGAUCUCCACGCAGCCUGGCUCCACCCCACUGGCCUCCUUCAAGAUCCUCGCCCUGGAGUCAGUGGACGGGCACGGGGGCUGCAGUGCCGGCACCGACAUUGGCCCCUUUGGGGAGCGGGACGACCAGCAGGUCUUCCUCCAGAGGGUGGUGCCAGAUGCCAGCAAGCUCUACGUGCGACUCUCCUCCACGGGCAAAAGGAUCUGCGAGGUGCGCUCUGUUGACGGGUCCCCCAUCACGGCCUUCGCGGUGCAGGAGUGCGAGGGCUCCAGCCGCAUCGGCUCCCGCCCCCGCCGCUACCUCUUCACCGGCCACACCAACGGCAGCCUGCAGAUGUGGGACCUCACCACUGCCAUGGAGGUGGUGGGCCAGCCGGCAGACGCGGGCGGUCUCUCGGAGGAGGAACUUCUGCAGGAACUGGAGCAGUGUGACUUGGCUCUCUCACACUCCCUCGAGGCGAACCCGGCCAGGCCUUUCGCUCCCGCCAGCACUCCUUGGACUGCCAGCACCAGCAGCCUCCAGUGCCAAGACUCGGACGGCCCCCGCGACAAGGCAGCCAGGGGCUCCCUGGCCCCCGCCUGCCGCUUCAGCCGCGAGAACCAGCCCCCCCUGGACUCCCCCCACCUGCAGCACGGAGACCCGGACCGCCGGCGCCUGGGCGGGAACUUUGUGGAGCGCUGCCAGGAACUUGCCCGCUCCUCUGGGCUGGCCCAGCCUGACCCCCGGUGGGUUGCCAGCAGCUACCCCAGGGAGCAGCAGCAGGGUGCCAAGGCCAGGCGGGGCGGCGGGGGGGCCACGGCGGCUCCGAGACCUCCCAGCCCAAGCCCCUCAUCCAGCGAACCCCCCCUCCCACUGGCCCCGUCCAAAGUGCGGCUCAACGAGACCUCCUUCUGACCCUCCGCAAAAGGAGGCGUCUCUCUGACCAAAGACCCCCCCCCCAUGCAGCCGGGGGGGGCAGCCUUUGCUUCCGGCCUCCUGCGCCGCCGUGGGGAGGAGUGCAGGGCUGGCCCCUGAGCCCUCCUCUUCCUCCUGCCCCCCCAAAACGCUUGCACCUCCCUCCCCAAGUGACUUCCAGUCCUCUCAGGGUCUCCUUGCCCCUUCCCCCUCCCCCCCCCCCGGCGCUGGGCGCUUUUCUCCCCAGCAAGGGAUUUUGCACAGGUCUACAGCAGCAUCCAUGGGGGGGCCCUUCUCCUCCUCCAUGGGGAAGGCCCAGUGGGUGGG